UCCUUUUCUUUUGUCUUCCAAAAAAUUUCCUCUGAUUUCAAACUUCUCUCUCUCUAAUGGCGGCGACGAUGAGCAGAGACCAAUACGUCUACAUGGCGAAACUCGCCGAGCAAGCGGAGCGUUACGAAGAGAUGGUACAGUUCAUGGAGAACCUCGUGACCUCCUCCACACCGUCCAGCGAGCUCACCGUAGAGGAGAGGAACCUUCUCUCCGUGGCUUACAAGAACGUGAUCGGAUCUCUUCGAGCGGCGUGGAGGAUCGUGUCGUCGAUCGAGCAGAAGGAAGAGAGCAGGAAGAACGAGGAACACGUGUCGCUCGUCAAGGACUACAGAUCUAAGGUCGAGACGGAGCUCUCCACGAUCUGCACGGGGAUCCUCAGGCUGCUCGAUACGAAUCUGAUCCCUUCGGCUAACGCUAGCGAGUCCAAGGUGUUUUACUUGAAGAUGAAGGGUGAUUACCAUCGGUACAUGGCUGAGUUCAAAUCUGGUGACGAGAGGAAGACAGCUGCUGAAGAUACUAUGAUCGCUUACAAGGCUGCUCAGGACGUUGCGGUUGCUGAUCUAGCGCCUACGCAUCCGAUCAGGCUGGGACUGGCUCUUAACUUCUCGGUGUUUUACUACGAGAUCCUCAACUCUUCGGAGAAAGCUUGUAGCAUGGCCAAACAGGCUUUUGAGGAAGCUAUUGCGGAGCUGGACACGUUGGGAGAGGAGUCAUACAAAGACAGUACUCUCAUCAUGCAGUUGCUAAGGGACAAUUUAACCCUCUGGACUUCCGAUAUGCAGGAGCAGAUGGAUGAGGCCUGAAGAUCUUAUGGAAGAACGUACGCUUAUGUAAUGAAUGUCCUCACAACCGUGACUGAGUUCAAAAACCCAAAAAAAAACCUUUGCUCUAAAACUUGUCGAAACAAAAAAAUAUGUGUGUUUAUGACAGAGCAUGUGCACAGCUGUGGUGUUAUCUGCUCCUCUGUUCCAACUCUGUUUUCUUUUUCUUAGUUUAUUCUCAUCUUUGCUUCUUUUGUC